AUGGCACGUUUGCACCAGGUCGUCAGACGUCAGGGCCCGUGUCAUCAACACCGUACCGUUACACAAGAAGAAAUGGUGAUUAGAGCAAUGGUAUUCAUUCUCUGGUUGGUCGCAGUGCGAUCAGAAGCUGGUACCGGGACGGUUCGAGAGAACAGCCUUCUAUCCAGCUACCCGGAUAAGAAAGACUAUUUUGAGAUGGACCAGUCAGUGGAAGAGAGCCAAAGGCGUCUACCCAUGUCCAAUUCACAAAUCCGCGCCCAAUCACACUCCAGCAGCGGGAAUUCGACGGUAUUCCGACGAUCCGUACGAAAGGCACGCCAUGCUCCGCUACUUCGGAUAUGUUCAAAGAGGCAACUCAUAACCAGUUGGAAGGGCAUCAUUAAGGCAAUUUCUCCCAAAGUUCGUCAUUUAUCUUCUCCGAUUCGCUCCCAUAUAAGCCUUAUCAACGCUACCAAUCUCUUACGGCUGUUCUUGCUAGCGGCAAGGCAGUGCGAAGAGCUGAUCUCAACCGACGGUUCAUCAAUUCAGCGACGAGAUGCCGGAUCGUUGGUGAGGAUUUUGCUCGCAAAUCUGGGUACUGAAUUGAGUGGAGAGGGGCGGAAGCGUGUCGCUAGCUCUGCGAUCAAGGUUGAAGGCGGCGCCGCUCCUGAGCAUGAGGAUGGUUUAGAUUGA